ACACACACACACACAUAUACAUAUCACUGGCAGUUAUAACAAGAGAUGUCCGCUUCAUUCAGGCAGUUUUACCUGCACCAGACCGGAGUGGUGGCUGUGCUCAGACAGAACUACGCUUAAAUCGCCGCACUUGGGAUCAGCUUCAGCGAGCAAUGUGGAUGUCGGUUGUUGCACUGCCCUUGCUCCCUGUGAUUGCCACACUGGUGUUCCAUUACCGGGAGCGGGUGGGAGCACUGUGUCGGAGCGUGUUCCACAGGAGGAAGAUGAGCAGCUUCGCACAGAGAUCAUUAGAGAGGCGCACACACAGCUUCGUCCUGAUGAACUCCACCCACGGGCAGCCGGAGAGCGUGCUGCAGACCUUUGAGUGCUAUUCUCAAACACAGCCCACCUGCAGCAUUGGGCAAGAGAAAGGGGAGUUUUUGGACAGCGCAGUGAGCAGGGCUGCCCCUCUGCAGGCUCUGGAGCUGGGCACGCACUGCGGGUACUCUGCUAUCCGCAUUCUCAGGCUCCUGCCCGCAUCGGGGAAGCUGUACACCGUGGAACAGGACCCGGACACAGCCGAGGUGGGAGAGGAGAUGAUCCUGGUGGCUGGAUUCAAACACUCACAGUUCCAGCUGCUGGUCUCCCCGUCAUGUACAGCCAUUCCCCAGCUGCAGCUCCAGUUUGGGGUGCAGAGCCUGGACCUGGUUUUCAUGGACCACGAUGUGGCCGAGUACCUGCCUGACCUGCGGGCCCUGGAAGAGGGCGGACUCCUAACCAAGGGUUGCAUCAUCGUGGUCAAUAACACCCACCUUCCAGGAGCCAAGGAGUUCCUGCGCUACAUUCACAACAGCUCCCAUUACUCUGUGUGCUUCCAGGCACUGGGCAUGCAGGAGAUCCGCUACCAGGCAGCAAACACCACAGAAGAGCUUACUGUUACACUGUCAUAUCAAAUGGUUACUUAAAGUUCAUCAGCAACCAAUACACUGGUGGUACUACCUCCACUGUUACCUGUUAUGGCCACCACUACAGCAUACAAGUCUAUGAUAAAAGGCAUUGCUAUGUGUACAUUUACACAAGCCAAUUUGAAUAUAUGCGCAGUCUGUAUGAACAACACAGUUCUGAAGGUUUACUGCUGUACUAUAUUCAAUUAUGACAGCAAAUCAAAGUUUUAGGAAGUACAAAUAUGGUGUAACAGAAGGGAGUAUUAAAGCUGGAAAUGCAUUGUUCAAACUUAGAAGUGCAGAUUGACUGGUAGACGUUCUUACUUUUUAUUGAAUGUUGCCCCUAAAAUAAGAGGAUAUUGUAAUUCGUUUAGUUUGCCAUGAGAGGGCAUCAGCAGAACACAUUUGAGAUAAAUAACACAAAUAGUGUAUGCUAUCGAGAGACAGUUAAUCAGAAUUAGUACAAAACGUUUUUUUAAUCAACAAAGUAUUAAAAAGUGCAGUCUUUACA